UACAUGUCACGACUUUCUGUAGCGCGUCAAGAGCACUUGUAAACUAGCUCUUUUUCUUUUUCUCGACGACCCCAUAUAUCGAUCAGCCAGGGCACCAGCACGGCAUUCACGUCAGAUCAUCUGGUUCAAGCAUUGCGCUAACGACUCAUCACUAGACGUCGACGACACGCAACGAGACACCAUUUGCGUACAAUCCCAAUCCUGUGUGGCCACUUUCUACGCGUUCCGGACACCUUUUUUUUUGCAGUAGAAAUCAUUGGAACUCAUGCCAGCGUCAGGAACACCAUCUCGACGUCGAAAUUCUUCCGCCGCGGGCGAUGCUUUCAGAACCACUUCCUACGAAACACCCUCACGGUCGACGGGAGGUACAUUGAGCCCACCUCUGUCAUCGGCUGCAUCAACAGGAUACGCCUCGAGUACUGUGGCAGGCCCUGGAGUUGGGGCCAAGAUGAAUAUUGUAACGCGAGUUGCGAUUGAGGGAAAAGCAAAGCCAGGAAACGAUGGUGCUGGGGUGAAUAUAUACCUCAAGCUAUCUGUGCCUCUAGAUAGCACCAGCCCAGGACAGACCAUUCAGCUAUUUCCAGGCAGGGUUUAGGACGUUUAUCAUAAAGUAAGCGGCUAACACGAUCUUCUUUACAGAGGAGAAUGUCAAGAUACUCGAUUACAUAGUUCACCCACUGGAUAACAACUCAGCGCCAUAUAAUUUCGACUCCAUGAACGCCCCACUUCUGCACAGCGCAGGACGGGCAUUGAAUCUACCCGCGCGUUCCCAACAAACCUUCCAGGCAGCUUUUGGGCUAUCACUACCACCGUCAUCUUCAUCUUCAUCACCAGCUCCUCCUCCUAAUAGUUCUCGCUCAUCUAAAAGUGCGGUAAACGGUUCAUCGUCUCAGGCAGAAUCUAUUGGCCCUGUCGAUCCAAUGUAUACUGGCCAUAUCCUGGUCAGUGGGUAUCAUGUUUCCUUUGUGUUGCCAAAAAUUCUCCCGCCUCGUUAUCCAGAAGAUGGAUCAGGUACAAACUCAGUACGUGCAAGCGGCAAGUACGGUGGCAGGCGACUCUCUAUCGGAGACCGUGACCGUCUGCAAGCCCAGUUCGUAGCCGCUAUCGAACUUUGGGUGCCUUUCGUCUCGCAGCCACCGAGAUCUCCCUUUUUAUUGUCGAUACCUACUCCUCGAUGUCUCCAUAACAACAUCAAACUCCGGAUAUUUCCACCUAACACAAACACCACUUCCGCUUCGCUUGCCUCUCUAUCUUCUUUAGAUGAUGACUCCGCAGGCUCUUGGGAUCUGGCGUCAGAUCCUCAUGUUACACGAGCAGCUACAUCUCCAAGGAGUAGAGCCUCAAGCAAUGGCUACGGCCAUAACUCGUAUCACGGUAACGAAGCAGAUGAUGAAUCAAGCGACUCCUCUACUGCUGGUUUCUCUUAUGGAUGCGGAAUUCAAGGAAGCUUUCCUAGCACCGAGAGAAUCAGGAUGCGAUGGGCUAAGCCAGUCAAAAACCUUGAUAUACCUCGCUAUGGGUAUGGCCGAGAUAACUUGGAGAUUUCAACUGCAUCCAUUGAUACCGGUCGUCGAAGAGUGGGCGUGAAGAGUGCGAAAGGCGAGAUGACCUGUAUUGUGAAGGGAAAAGCCCGCAGUAGUGAUGGUGCGGAGGGGAUCAUCAUGGACGUGGAGUACAAAGGGACAUGUAAAGAUGUGUGGUAUCCUGGAGUUGCAACUCUUCUCGGUAUGGAUGUCAGCCUGGAAGCCAAGAACUCCGAUGUUAGUUGGCUUCAGGGCGAAGGAUCGCCUGGAUCAGGCUGGGAGGUGACUGGGGGCUCCGGCUAUACGGGGUUUGAUGCUGGGAAUGACUCCAACCCUCGAGCUACAGGCGGAAGAUUUGAUUCCAUAGAGUCGUCAUCCUCGAGUCCACAGAUACAGAUAACUCCCUCUCCUUCCGGUGCACCUUCAUCUUACCUAUCCAGACAAAACUCCAAUACGUCGUCGACAUCUUCUCUUCUCCGUGCCCCUCUUCCCGGCAUCCAGAACGUUGCAGAGUAUUCUUUUGAGCGUUCCAAUGCCACCAAUGACCCCGCUGCGUCUAUCACUUCAACUCAAAUGUCAACGUCGUCCAUGGGCUCACUACCCACCUCUGCGAAUCUCACAGAAUCUGUCGUGUCUCGUCCUCCAGGUUAUCCAAUCACACUUCAUCUCAACAUGAACGAGCUUGUCCCACCUGCAAAAAAUGAGCUCAACUUCUCUGUUAAAGGGACAGUCGUUGUCGUUCCACGUACACGACAUACUACGCCUCGUGUUAAUGGGUCGACAAAACGUUCGGAUGCGGAGAGCGACGACACUACCUCUGCAUCUGGUGGUGACGAUCGGGAAGUAACACCCGUUACGCUGCCGCGGUUCACCGUUCUGGCUGCCGACACCGAAUCCACAACCAUCGUGGUCAGGAAUGAUAUUUCUGGCACUUCCUCUUCACCGGCCAGCGUGGAGGUCUACAAUCCGAAUGGUGACAUACAUUCCGAUGCUCAGGCGCGGAAGACGGUUUUACAGAAAGGUGGUUUCACAAGAUGCGGAGAAGGUGGAGGAAGAAUUGUUAUCAAAAUUCCCUCGUCUGGUUAUGUUAAUGGACAUGCUGGCGGAAGGUAUCUCCAAGCUCCUACUACAACACGCACACUCAAUGAUAGCGGAAGGAGUAGUCCAAUACCAAGGAUGUCGUCGCAUGGAAAUACCGCGAAAUACAACACUCAUAAAUUGCGACCAAAGAGGGAUGGAGAAUUGAUGAUCCCUUGGGUGGAUGCUAGAAUUACGCUUCUUUCGAGUAGCUUCGAAUCCUCCUCGUAUGCCGUUCGAGUACGUUUGCCUGCUCCUGCUGAAAUGAAGGGGGAUGGCGAUUGGCUGGAGUUUGGUUUGGCCAAAUCAGGUUUGUCGGGGUCGUCUCCUUCCUCUUCUUCCACGGUUGUGGCAAGCGACAAACCGCCGGAUUUGGAUAUAGUGAGCGUCAGUGUUGACGGGGUACCUGUCAAAUUUGAAGCGACUGCUGCUGCGCCGGCGAAGGAGGAUUCUUUGGCUGGAAUGGGAUUUGAACAAAUGAGUACCCGUGAGUGGAUCAACUGGGUUCGAAUUAGGGUUGGGGGUGUUGGUGGCGGCAAGGUUACCAUUGACUAUGUGGUAAAGGAACAAGAAAGCGAGAGGAAGAAAGGGAAGAGGCGCGCAGAUGUCGGUGUCCCCAUCGAUGUAUAUCUCCCUACCUUUGCAUUGCCAGUUGGGAGGUUUGAGGCUCUUGUUGAAGGGCAACGUGACAUGAAAUUAUCCUCACUACAAACCAACUUCCGAUAUUCUGUUCCGCUCGAAUCGUCGGGUAACAGAUUAUUAUCCUACGCUGCCGAGCCCUUCUUCUAUCCUAGAGUAUCUUUCUUCGCAAAUCCAUCUCCAAGAUCCUCAUCUCGUUCAGUAUCACUCCUCAUGGUCUCACUCAUUCUCGGACUAUUUUUCUUUGGCUUCGUAGGUUUAUACCAAGCUCAAAGCGAACUUGCGAAGCUUAAUCGUUCUCCAAAUGACCUACCCCAUCUCUGGAAUCCGGUUUCAGAGUGGGAUCAUAAUCACUUUGAUCCGGUAACUGUCACCACCACCACAACCACGACAGUGUAUGCCUCGCAAUCCCCGCAAUCCCCUUGGGACUGGUUUGGGGGUGGAGGUGCGGAAGACCUGGGAGUCACAUCUGCCAUAAUUACCUCUACAUCUUCACCGUCUUCAGACACUACUUCAACUUCCCCGCCUGUUUCUCUCUCUCCUUCGAACCGAGCACCGCGUGAGUCGAAGGAUGAUGGUGAUGAUGACGACCUGGGGCAGGAAAUCCUCUCAGAACCUUCGUCACGGCCCUUCCUGGAGACCUUUGGCCUGAUACCCUACCAAAAGUUGAUGACCUUCACAUGGGGAGAUCUAAAACCCGUCGCCGAGUCUAUAUCACGCGUGGCGAGCGUGGUGUGGAAAAUUGCAAGAAGAGUAUAUCAUUAUCCGCUGGAUCCACCAUGAUUAUUGCAAUAUUGUUUAUGAUCUUGAUAUGAUGAUUUACCUGCUCACUUUGAGGAAUCUACUUUUUUCUCUUUUUUUCCUUGUUUUACCCGUUUCACUAUUGAUAGAAAUCUCUUUUUUCAAAUUUUACAUGUAUACCCAUCACUCGUAUGUUUAUUAUGACUAGUAUGAAUAUGAACCUUCCGUUGGAUUGUUGGCA